AUCAAUGACCGAUCUGACUAAAACCACAAAAGAAUGGAUGGAAGUUCUAGGCAUGUAUAAGAGCACCAUUCCUUUCCGUGGUAUUGUGCUCACUGGAUGGCAGAGGUUUGAUCACUUCUCUAUAUUAUGUGAGCUGCUUCCUCAAGCAAUUCCAUCUCUUGCUGUUAAUCUCAUGUACAUUGCAGAGCAGAAAGCAGAUCACGGAGCUCUGGCACGUGUAGGAGAUGUACUAAAAUGCAGCUCAUUUCUGAAUCUUGAUCUUCAAUACCUGGAGUAUCCCAACAAAUGUGAUUUCCCUGGAAGUGCAGUCUAUGAAGUGUCUCAGAGAUUGUAUAUUUUGAAAAGAGACAUAGAUGUAAUGUUGCAUAAUCCUCAUGUAACUGGCUGGGUCACUGACUAUAACAUUGAAAAUAAUUUUGCCAGUCCUCAGCAUGUGGAGCAAGGUUUACAGGAUUUGUCAAUGCUUUUGUUUGAUUAUAACAAGUUGAUGAAGGAUGCUGAAACAGCCCUCUCAGAUGUAUUUGAUGAAUACACAGUCAAAGAAUGGAUUUUUGUAAAUAUGAACCCAACACUUGAGAAAUUGAAAAAGUAUUAUGCAUCAAGCACAAGGGCAAUGGAGAAAACAGACUGGCCUAGAAGACCUCUAAAGUUUGAACAAGCAAAGGAUCUUUAAAUUAAACUUAUCUUUUAGUUAAGAUAUGGGACUUGCAAUUUGAAAUGUGUUGCAUUUUGAAGACUGUGUUCAAGAGAACUUCCUGCACAGAUGAUUGUGAUAUGAAGAAAUGUGUGCUCUAGCAUGCAAAUUGUAUGUGUUAAGAUUAUUGAAUCUCAAGAUUAUAUAUCAACCAACAGAAUUCACUGUUGAAUUAAUAGAUGCUACUGGAAUUAUACAUUUACAUUUUUCUUUUAUUAAUGUGUAUUUUCCUAUAAAGUCAAGAUUGCAGAUGACAAGUGCAUAGUCAGUUAACAGCAGCAACAAAAUAAGGGUGCUACUUGCUUAAAGAAAAUUGUGAUAUAUUUAACUCAUAUUAAUA